AUGACGUGUGCCAACAAUGUACCGAUCUCGACUAUUGGAUGGAGUAGUGCCAAUGCUAAUCUGAUUUGUGUUGCUGACUGUUUAACUGAUGGUGGCUAUUCUACUGCACCAAUUGAUAUUCUCACUGAUUGUACAUCAGUUAGUUCAUCAUUGAAGAUGAUGACAAGUGAACGAUCGAAAAAUGUAACACUGUCUGCGGAUGCACAUUUUUAUUUAGCUUAUAGAGGAAGUGCUUGGGUGCCACUAAAUGAUCCUGCUAAAACAGCUCUUGAUUGGUCUAUUGUAACGUACAUUGAUCUUCGCAAACGACCAGAUGGUUUCAUUAAUACUUCACCUAUAGCUAAAGUUGUUUCUCCACAAUAUGUCAUUUUGAAUCAAACGACACAAAUUAAUAUUCUUGUUUCGGAUGCGAAUGUUGGUGACGAUGUACGUUGUCGAUGGUCAAAAUAUACAAUUGGAUAUCGAAGACGAAAACGAUCAGACGAAGAAAGACAUGAAAACCACUAUUAUACUGCUCAAAAAUAUAUAAAAGAACCAGACAACAAAGAAAUCAUGGAUCUCAGAAAAAAACGACAGACUUGUUCAAGUGGAUGUUUAAAGGGUGAAAAGUGUAACAGUGUUAGAUGCGAUGGGACCAUGUGCACGACUCUGACCUGUGAAAGCACGUGUUGUGACUACCCAACGACAACAACAACGAGUACAUCCACAGACAGCACAACUUCUACGGAAACUCCAGGAACACCAAAGUCGACUUCGUCGUUUCCAAUACGUCAGGCAAUUGAUGAAUGCGGUGAUAUUUGUUAUCCAAACAGUGUGCCUAAUGGUACAACCCUGACCAACUGUACUAUCACAUUCACAGGUCUUAAAGCUGGUGUUUGGUAUGGAAUUGCUAUUCAGGUUGAAGAUUUUAUCGAUAAUACAAGUACAACACCAAUGAGUUCGGUACCAGUUCAAUUUUUGAUUUAUGUUCAGCCGCAACCAGCUUGUUCGAACAGACCUAUAAUUUUCCCUCUAAACCGUUGUCUAGAAGUACAAGUUGGCAUCUCCAUCAGUUUUAAUCUAUCUGCAAUGAACUUAUGCAAUUCUAGUGUGGUCAAACUUGCUGAUAUUAUUGUUUCAAGUGGAAUCACUGGUAUGACUCGUGGUAAUCUGACAAAUUUAUCAACAAAUUCAUCAGUCUCAUAUGUCAAAUUCACUUGGACACCACAGAUAAAUCAAGUUGGAUCACAGCAACUAUGUACAAUUGCAUUUACAACUGAAAACUUACAAUCUGAUCAAUAUUGCAUUAUAUUUACUGUAAAAAAUUCAUCUGAUAUUUGUGUAACAACAACAACUUCUACGUCCACUACUACAUCGACUAAAACAACUUCUACGUCGUCUACUGCCUCAACUACGACAACUAUCACGUCCACUACUACCUCGACUACAACAACUUCAACCUCUACUACUACUACUUCAACUACAACAACUACCACAUCAACUACAACAACUACCACAUCAACUACAACAACUACCACAUCAACUACAACAACUACCACAUCAACUACAACAACUACCACAUCAACUACAACAACUACCACAUCAACUACUACCUCAUCGCUCUCACAAAUAUUUACCACCGAAUCUCUCAAUAAUCUUUCUCUUGUGCUUGGAUUAGGUCUCGGUCUUGGUCUCUCACUACUUCUCGUCCUGAGCAUAUUGGCUACUUGUCUUUGUUGUCGAUGUUGUCCAGGAUACUUCUGCACUGUGAUGCUUCGUCAUCUUGCCAUGGUCAAUUAA